ACGGUUUGGUCCAAAAUGGCUGGAGCAAAAACAGAAAUGAGAAGCGACGAUUUUGCAGAGUAUUUUGCAAAAUGACUCCGUCUUUAAAGUGAAGGUGCAGCCUCCAGUUCUCUGGAGAUCCGAGUGGAACGUAAUUCGAGGAAGCCUUGAGUACCAAAGCUCUGAAAACUUGCCGAUGCAUUGAUGGAUUGUGAGGCCCACGUUUUAGGAAAACCUGGGGGGAGUGCGGAUAGGUGACGGGUAGGACCACGACCUCGGCUCCACCUAAUGACGAAGGAGAUCAUCAAAUAGCUGGUUUCCACUGAAUCCAGCCAUUCAAAUGAAGAGCCUUCAGUUCCGCAACAUCGCCCCCAAGGCCCCAGUUAUUGUGCCUUCCCCAUCCCCUACAGUCCUAGCCUGUCAACCUCCCCCUGCCCUCCCUGAAGCUAAUAGUGGCUCCACCUCUAAAUCCAUCGUUGUGCCUACCCAAAACUAUGCCCUGAUGCAAAUAGCUGGUCAGGAUGGCACAUUCUCUCUGGUGGCACUGCCCCCUCCUGUCUCCUCCCAGACAACGCACCAACAACAACCUCAACAAACUCAGUCCAUCCAAAAGAAUCUCAAGCUGCCCAUACCCAGGUACAAACCUGUGAGGAGAGCAGGGACUACAGAUAAGGUUAGAUCAACACCUCUAAGGGUGAAAGCUGCCUCUGGGGUUGCAGCGCCCAAAAAACUAGUGAGCAACACGUCUUUGUUGAUUAAGGAGAAAAAAGAGGAGAGUACGGUCCCUCAAACUCAAAACCCAAAGGUGGAACCGUCCGAGCAGGUCAUUUUUAUCGACCCGGCCUGUUCUGAUAUCUCUGUCCCUGCCCUUUUACCAGAUAAUGCUGUCCUGUACCCGGGGUCCCAAUUAGAACAAACCCCAGACAAAGCUGAGCAAUCUGGGAUUGCAGGCCUUGUUCAAAAUCCAUGCCCAUCUUCUACUCUCCCGACUGCUCUCAAAUCGUCGCAGGGCAAUUCCCUGGAGCAAAGCGGUCCAGUGAGGAUGUGCCAAUCAAAGCCUGCGUCAGCUCCGUGUCCAAACAGCAUCGCUGUUAUCUCUCCAGCCAUCUUCAGUAAAGCAGUGCAGAUUAUCCCUUCUCCUCCUAAGGGUAAACUGUCCAUCCCUCCCUACUCUAAAAUGAAGACCACACUCAUUCCACCUGCUAAGAUCAACUUGUCCCCAGAGAAGGAUUGCUUGAACCAAUCGGGUCCCAUGAGCCCCAAAGAUCCUUCAAUCCACGAAAUAGCUCAAGCUUGGGGUAGCAGCCAGUUGCCAAACUCAUCUGAUCAGCCUCAGAAUAAAAACCCACUCAACCCGGUUGUGGGUAACCUUCAGAAGUUACCGGGAAAGAAAAGAGGACGAAAGAGAAAGACAAUGGAAGACAUUUUAGCAUAUGAGGCCCGAAAGAAGAGGUCAUUGUCCUUCUUUCGUAGAAAGUCCCCUGAAAAACCCUCAAUAGUCGUAUCAAAUUCCAAGCAAAAAGAAGUUGACAUUUCCAAGAAGUACCGUAGCAUUCAGCCAAAGCCAAUGUUGGUGAUGGAGGCCCUCCCCCAGCUACUUAGUUUGCCCCCCAGUACUUCAGAUGGUCAAGAACCGGUGUUUGUACCAAGUCACCAGCUCCCCACACCAACCACAAUAAAGGAUCCAGAUUGUCCUCCCCAACACCACCCGGUUGCUCUCCAUCUGAGCGGUUCGUCCCAUUCCAGAAUUCUGGUCGCCAGCCGCUCCUUCCAUCGUUGCCCCACCUGCAGCCGCUGCUUCCAGUUUAAGCAUCACCUCCAGAGCCACAUGAACAGUCACACCAACAGUCGACCGUAUGUCUGCCCGGUGUGCCGCAAAGCCUACGCGCAUUCGGGCAGCCUGAGCACCCAUAUGAAGCUUCACCAUUCUGAGGCUCGAUCUCGUCAGUCUCUGAGCUGCGAGUUCUGCAAAAAGGCUUUUGGAUAUGUGGGCGUGUACUUCAGUCAUCUACGAGAGGUUCACAAGGUCUUGCUUACGGUGGAGCCGUCCAUUAAACGUAACGAGGAGGACGUAGCUGUUGAGAGGGACAAUUCAGAACCCUCAGUUGAUCAGGGCCGUGAAGAAUCUGUGGAGCUGCAGAUUAAAUGCGGCCGCUGCCAUGUGGUCACUCCCAGUUUUGCCGACAUGAAGAUGCAUCUUAUAUAUGUUCAUGAGGAGGAGGUCCUGAUUCAGCUACAGGGGGGCCAGCCUCUGUCGGGUGGUCUUAACCCUGAAGAACAACUGAUCAAACGCGCCGCACACUACUGGCGGCAGCUCAAUAAGAAACGCAACCUUGUCAAGUGCGGGAACUGCGAUGAGGAAUUCUUCUCUUUUGCUAAACUCAAGAGGCACAUUAGGUUCCACCACUGUGGAAGUGAACGGGAGGACAAGAGUGUCCGGACGUCAGCUCCCGGCGGAUGCCUUGGGGUACUUGCAACAGGUUCCGCCUUCAACUGUGUACUUUGCAGCAAGGUGUUGGAUACUAAAGAAGGAGUUCUGGAGCACUGGCGGGGUCACCACCACUGUGAGCAACCCAGCGUACUGUGGGCUGCCCUGAGCUCCUACUCAGGCCUGGAAGACAAAGAGGCCGACAGAGGUCUGGACACUCCGGUUCCAAGUCCGCAUUAACCUGCCCAACAUGGAGCUUGUAACGUUCAACAAGGCAGGGAUUUAGUGUUUCAUCUUUCACAACUUCUCUCAUUCUUCAAGAUUCAGCUGUCGUGUUCGGUUUAUGUUGCACUGUUUUUUUUCUUAUUUAAUUUUUAUUUAAAUACAGUGAAACUGUUGAAAACAUCACAUGCAAAUAUCGAUAUAAUAAUUGCUGUGGGAGCCAUGAAUGUAGUUUUGGUUUGACUUGUCUGGGAUGCAUCCAAAUACUUUGGUGCAUUCACACACAUAAAAAUGGUUGUAUUUCUCUAGAGUCACGCAACAGCACCUUGUUACGCAAUGGGUUGCAGGUUAUUCAGUGAGUUUAUUCAACUUUUCAUUUCUGUGCAAAAGCCAACCCAAAUUUCUUUGCAUGGUGUUACAUCCUCAAUGGGAAGUGUUCAUUUGUAUUUUUGUUGUCUUCUGUAUCAACUGAGGUGUGUAAGUAGUUUAGCUUAGAGACUAUGUACACUGGACGAUCAUUUAACCCGCCAGCCCAAAAGUGUAAAGCGCUUUUCUAACUUUGGUACUCAAAGCGCUUAAGACCGCUUCAAAAACCACAUAAGAAUCUUUAUAGUUACUGUAGCGAAGAAACUAUAGCAUUAAAAGCAGCGUUUUGGGUCCUAUAUAGGAGUAUUUGGCCAACACUGGAUUAAGUUGGAAUUUGAAAGAGUCAAAAUUGCCACACUGCAUCAGAUUAGUGCGGAUUUUUAUCAGGAACUAACAUUUCUGCAAUCACAUUAAACUGAUGACCGUGUCAUCGUGCCAGAACUUUGGUAUUUCUUUUUUUCGAGGGAGCUUUUGUUUAUUUAUUUUUUGUGACGUAAUUCUCUCAAUUUUAGAUUUCUUUUUCAAAUUCCAACUACAGUAUUUCCAGUCGUUUGUUUAUUUGUGUCGUUCCCAUACUCCUUUAUAAGGUCCGCUGCCGACUUGAAUCCAACAACACACUUGACCGGCACUCAUGUGACUGCCUUGUGGCCUUUAAAAGAAGAAAUAAAAGUACUCCAUAUUGUCAUGUGGCUUCCAUUUGACGGCCAAAACUUGUUGAUUGCCUAUUUGUGUACUCUGUGAUAUGCCAAGGUUCUCUUCACAUAAGUGAUUGUACAUCUGUGUUGAAGCUUUUGACCACUGACGUAAUACUGUUUUAGCUCGUUGUUGACGUAUGCACCCGAGAAAAUCAAUUGACUCUCGUCUCGGUAGAGUUUAUGUACUGUUGUCCAGAAAAAUAUGCUAUUUUAUACUAGUAUGCUUGUGUGAAAUGAGGUGUCACUGAGAUGUUUGUAUGAUAUAAUUGAGUUGAGAUAUUCUAUAGUUAAUCUGUUUUCAUAUGAAAUAAAAAAUGACAGGGUCAAAUGAAUGUACCUAGAUGUUUUUUAAAAAAAAAAAAAAAAAAAAAAAUCCUAGUCACAGUACCAAUAUAUUGGCUGCAUAGAUAUAUAUGUAUAGAUAUGAUAUAUAGAUGUAAUCUAUAGAUACAAUAGCUAUAUUGUGAAAAUUAUAAAUACAGUAUAUUUACAAAUAUAUUUAGAUGAUCUGUUUGGUCACAACAAAACACAAAGUUGGAAGUGGCUAAGCUGCAGUGCACUAGCGUUUAUUAUGCGUGUGUCUUUUUAAUCCUCAAGCCUCAAUACCAGUAAGGAAGCAAGCGGUAGAAUUCAUGGUUACAAAUUUGGAGCGGGCGUUAUACCUCGU